AUGAUGCAACGUUUGGUUGAUCAUGUCCUCGUCGUCACUAAAGAGUCAGUGAAAGCUGUUACUUGUGAGUCAUUGAAUAAUAUAGUUAGGAUAAUCAAUGGAAUAUCUGCACUUUUGUUGGCAUUACUUCCUGGAAAUGCGAAAAUACUUGAAGGUAUUCAUGGUUGGGAACUCAGGCCGACUUUUCGAGGACCGCGGUUUCCGCGUUGGAUGGAGAACGGCGCGUCCAAUUUCAACCAAUUCAUUCACGAACUUUCUAUGGACUCUGAUAACUCAAGCCUUGAAUACUCAUCGUCCGGAGAAGAAGAUAGUGAUAGAUAUGAAUGCCCUCCGUCUCCCGCGUCACAUAGUUCUAGAGCCUCUGAAGCUGCUUUUACUAGAAACACUUAUUUUGUGGUGUUAAAAGUGCUACAUAUCUCUAGAGAGAAACGCCCUUCACAUUUACAUGCAUAUAGGAGAGUGCAAAGCAUCAAGGAUCACUUUAUCCAUCGUGCUACUGAUAGAAGACGCGGCGUUGUAGAGGAUCUUCAUCUUGGUAUUGAGAUAUGUAUAGAAGCUGUCUUCGAUGUUGUUCGCAAAGGAGCACAUCUUCUCCUAUCUCCGACAAAAGCUUUUGGUGCAUUAUUCAGGUUGUUUACAUCUCACGAAAGUGGCAAUGAAGAAAUUCGAAAUUCUGCUGAGGAUGCAUCGACUUCUACAUCCACGCUAGGGGAUGAAGACCCUGCACUGCCUAAGAGGAAAAUCAACUAUCAGUCUUUGAAUACCGAGGCGCGUACAUGUCAGGAUGUCAUAACAGAUCUCGGGUAUCCGUACGAAGCUAUUCGCGUGAUUACUGCUGAUGGAUAUAUUCUUCUUUUGGAAAGAAUACCUCGGCGAGAUGCUAAAAAAGCUGUUUUUCUUCAGCAUGGUGUUUUUGAUUCAUCAAUGGGUUGGGUAUCUAAUGGUGUUGUUGGCUCUCCAGCUUUUGCGGCCUAUGAUCAAGGGUAUGAUGUAUUUCUCGGGAACUUUCGUGGUUUGGUUUCCAGAGAACAUGUCAACAAGAACAUAUCAUCGCGACAAUAUUGGCAGUACUCCGUCAACGAGCACGCGACGGAGGAUAUUCCUGCUAUGAUUGAGAAAAUCGAUGAAGUGAAAACUGCUGAAUUGAAGCUUAGUAAACCUGAUAUUGAGGAGGAAACCGAUGACGAUCAGCUUUACAAGCUUUGUGCGAUUUCUCAUAGUUUAGGAGGAGCCGCAAUGAUAAUAGAUUCUAUUAACUAUUGCGGCUCCCGUUUUGUCUCAUCUCGGGAUCUUCAUAACCUACCUGCCGUCGGAGGACUGGUUCAAACCUUAAUGAGUUAUGUUGUUGGUGGAGAUAGCUCAAAUUGGGUCGGAGUUUUAGGACUACCACACUACAACAUGAACGACAUGCCGGGAGUGUCUUUUCGUGUUGCUCUCCAUCUUGCGCAGAUUAAACGUGUUGGAAGGUUUAGAAUGUUCGAUUACGGGAGUGCCUCUGCAAAUAGACAAGCCUACGGUUCACCCGAGCCUUUGGACUUAGGUAAACACUACGGGCUUAUAGACAUUCCUGUUGAUCUUGUUGCUGGACAUAAAGACAAAGUUAUUCGACCUUCAAUGGUAAAGAGACACUAUAGAUUGAUGAAAAGUGCCGGUGUAAAUGUUUUGUAUAACGAAUUUGAAUACGCGCAUUUGGACUUCACGUUCUCGCACCGCGAAGAACUCUUGUCAUAUGUUAUGUCACGCAUGUUGCUAGUCGAUCAAAACUCAAAGCAUCAAGUGAAUCAAAGGAUGGAAAAAUCGAGGAGAAUCAGACAAGGUGAAAUUAGCGAGUAG